AUGGAAAAUUGCCAAUCGCUCUUAGACCAGCAUUAUACUAUAAUAAAAGAUGAAGCGAAUGUUAAAUAUUUUGCUAACGUAGCUUUAUGUACAGCAGUGAAUAGCAUUGUCUAUGAAGAUCAAGAAAUGGGUAUCAAGAAAGAAGCCGAAGGUAUUAAUGAACUUAUUUUUGGCGUGAUGACUUCAUUAAAAGAUCAUGAUCUUGCCGGAUGGUGUUUAACUGUUGCUGAAAACAAUAAGUUUUGGACAGAUAUGAAGAUAAAAGUUGAAGAAUUCUUUCGAGCAUCUCGACCAUUUAUACGGUUUUGUUGCAAGGAAGUCGGUAGGCAGAUGGUAUCAUCUUUGAUUGACUUUAUCUUGAACACAGCAUCUGAAGAAAUGUAA